AUGGUUGGCCGUGCACAUUACUACGAGGGACACACCAUUGAUAAGGUGACCUUUCCAAUCAGAGUUUUCAAGCUUCUGGGUGUCGAUACUAUUGUUUUGACGAAUGCCGCCGGAGGGCUGAACCCAGAAUAUACAGUGGGAGACAUUGUACUACUCAAUGACCAUAUUUUUCUGGCUGGUCUUGCUGGACUUCACCCUCUGCGAGGGCCGAAUAUUGACGAAUUCGGACCCCGUUUCCCUCCUUUGUCUGACGCUUAUGACCUCGAACUCCGCCGGCAUGUACAUAAGGCUUGGAAAGCAUUAAUCCCUCCUGGAGGUAGAAAACUCCAUGAGGGCGUAUAUGCUUUUGUUGGAGGACCAAGUUACGAAACCAGGGCCGAGUGUCGCUUGCUUCGUCAAAUUGGCGCAGAUGUCGUUGGGAUGUCAACUGUGCCGGAAAUUGUGGCGGCUAGACAUUGUGGCCUUAGAGUUUUGGCCCUUAGUCUAGUAACAAACACCGCAGUUCUCUCUCCUGUCCCCAGAGGCGAUGACUGCCAGCUUCGGGGCAAAAAUACGAGAGAGUUGGAAGUCAUUUUGCAGGAGGGGAAAGCAAACCAUGAAGAGGUUCUUGAAGCCAGCCGUUCUGCCGCCAUUGAUAUGCAGAAAAUUGUCAUCCAGUUCAUAAUGGACGGCUUUGAGGGAUCUUAG